GCGGUCUGUCAGACGUGCAGUGACGUCAGUGCGUGUGUGUAAACAACCUUUGAGACAUUUAAAAACGUCAGCUGUCAGAAGGACGCUGAGCGACCACACUGCCGGCCGCCUCGACCCUCCGGGCUCUCGAGCUACUAUGCAGCAUGAAUCCACGAGGACGUCGCCCGUGUUUCCUGCCUCCAAAAGGAGAGCCUCCCUGAGACCCGCCGGCGGCGCGGCCGCCCCCGAGAACUUUGCAGAGACUCUGCCGACAGAAAUGAGCGUGAAGAUCUUCGGCGAGCUGGACGCCAGGAGCCUGUGCAGCGCCUCCCGGACCUGCAGACUGUGGCACCACAUCAUCGCGGAGAGCGACGCGGUGUGGAGGAGGCAGUGUCUGCUGGUGGGAGCCGUCUGCCACCGGGAGGUCGACAGCGACAGGAGAAACGGCCUGUCCUGGAAGGUCACACUGGUGAAGAACUACACUCGCAGCCGCGUGAAGAGGGACUGGCUGAGAGGUCGCUACAGCAACGUGAGGUCGGCGGAGGAGCUGAUCGGCAGAAAGAUGGCGCCGCUGGACGCAGAGACCUGGGGAGAGAUCCUGCAGGCCGAGCUGGACCGAUGAGCCAUGGCCCACUUUGGGUUUUACACAGAGCACCUCGGGCACUGAUUUGUGUAGGAUUUUUUUUUAACUCUAAUAUAUUUUAUAAUUCCGAAUGCACAAAAAUAGUUGUAUAUAUUUUUAUUUAUAUGUGUUUUUUUAAAGUAAAAAAGCAUCUUGGAGAAAUUGCCGAUUCGUAUUUUGAUAAAAUUUAAUAGUUUCCUUUCUUUGAUGUAAAAAUAUCUGAGAUGGAAUAAAUCACAUCGUGUAAUCCA